AUGAGCUCUUCCUCAGAGAAAUCCAAUUCUCCAGCCAAGCCAGUGAGAAGAAGGGCAAGCAGAAGGGCUUCCCAGCUUUGUGACAUUAAUGCUGUUGAAAUUAGGAGGCAGAUUUUUCAAGCCUUGCAACUCCAUAGGGCAUCAUCAUCAUCAUCAUCAUCAUCUUCAUCUUCAUCUUCAUCAUCAUCAUCAUCAUCAGCAUCUUCAUCCCAUGUUGCUGUUGGUUCACAAUUUAAUUCAUUGGUGGAGUCUAUGCCUCUGCCUGGACCUGUUUGGUCUACAACUGCACCUUCAGUUUUGGCUCAUGCACCAUCUGCAGCAGCAGCAACCAUGGAAGCCUUAGAAUUUGAGUGGGGAGAGAACCAAGCCUCUUCCUAUUCUUGGUGGUUAUCUUUUCUAAAUACCUUGGAUAGUAACAAUGCUGAAAAAUCGAAGUACCCUUUAUCACUGGGAAGUUCUAAUUGGUUGUUUGGUCAGAACCAGAACAGUUGUACAGCACUUGAUCAAGAGCCAUCUUUGGUUGAUGCAAAUGAUCAGAGCCCUUCCCCAGAUGAAUGGUUGAUGCUACCAACUACAGAAGAUGAUGAGGGUGAGGUUGUAAUUCCCUAA